CUUAAAGGUGGAUGUAAUCACCUGGCCAUAAGGACGUUGUCUGGGCCAUACUGUGCAAAAUGAAGGGGGCUAUCUACUUAGUGUGUCUCUUCGCCAUUGCGCAUCUGGCAAAGGCAGGUUUGACGCGCAGACAUAUAAAUGAAGAAUCCAAUACAGAAGAACAAUCCUCAAGCUCAUCAUCAUCGUCAUUCUCUAGCUCAUCGGAGUCAGACUUGUUCGAAACGAAAUCCAUUUCGAACUUCGAAGAUCAGCUGUCCAACUUUGAUACAUCGGCAUUAUCGGAAUUUGAUCGUUCUAGCAAUGAAAGGCGGAAGUUCACAACUCAAAAAAUUGAGUCUUCUGCUACUGAAACGAGUUCAAACGAACAGUUUACCAAUUCUGAUUUCUCUUUGACAAAUUUCAAUGAUGCUAACGAUCAGAGGAGUCGAAUUGUCAGGCAAGGCUCACAAUCGACAAAUGAAGCCUUCACUCAAUCGUCAAGCCAAGAAAGCUCCGAGUUUUCUUCCGAGAAUAUCGAAAAUGAUUUCAGCACUAGGACUAUCGAUAAUCAAGAGUCGCUUAUCAGAAAGCAGCAAGCUGAACAACAAAGACAAAUGAUCAAAACAGUGGAAAAAAAGCAACAAAUCGAAAAAGACCAAAGAGAAGUUGUGAGACGCAAGGUUGUUCAAUUAUCUCAAGACAGUAACAUUCAGAAUACGGAUAGCAAUGAUGAAUAUAUCAUAAGAAGGCUAGGAAGUCAACAACAUCAACCAGGUGAUGAUGAUCAACCUGAACAGCCUAGUGAUGAUAAAGAAGCACAACAACCUAGAGUUCAACCACAUCAGUUAGGACGUAAACCUCUACAACCAGAACACCAAACAGGCUCAAAACAAUAUCAGUCACGAACAGAAAGUUCUAGCAGCAGUAGAGCAUCACAACAGUCUACUAUUUCCUCUAGUCAGCAGAAAUCUUCAACAACCAUACGAACUGGUAAUCAACAACAACCUGGAGGUCGACCACAAGAACCAGGAAGUAAACCACAGAGACCAGGUGCCGAAGAUCAAUCACAACAACCAGGAGGCCAAAAACCAAACGACGAUAAUCACACACAACAACCCAAAGGUCAGAAACCAGGACGUAAUCCGCAAGCAGGUCAAGAAAGACCAGGUCAAGACAGACCAGGUCAAGAUAGACCAGAUGAAAAAAAACCAGGCCAAAACAGACCAGGUCAAAAUAAACCAGAACACGAUAGACCAGAUGAAGAAAAACCAGGCCAAAACAGACCAGGUCAAAAUAAACCAGAACCCGAUAAGCCAGGUCAGGACCAACCAGGUAAAGACAGACCAGGCAACGACAAACCUGGUCAAGACAGGCCAGGCAAAGACCAACCAAACCAAGAAAGGCCAGGUCAGAAACAACCAGGACAAGACAAACCAAGGAAAAACAAACCUGGUCAAGACAAACCAGGUGAGGGCAAACCAGAUCAAGACAACCUAGAUCAGGACCAACCAGGUAAAGACAGACCAGAUAACGACAAACCAGAUAAAAACAAGCCAGGCCAAGAUAGACCAGGUCAAGACAGACCAGGCAAGGACAAACCUGGUCAAGACAGGCCAGGCAAAGACCAACCAGACCAAGACAGGCCAGGUCAGGAACAACCAGGACAAGACAAACCAAGGAAAAACAAACCCGGUCAAGACAAACCCGGCAAGGACAAACCUGAUCAGGAUAGGCCAACCAAAGACAAACCGGAUCAAGACAGGCCAGGCAACGACAAACCAGACCAAGACAAACCGGGUCAGGACCAACCAGGUAAAAACAGACCAGGUAACGACAAACCAGAUCAAGACAAGCCGGGUAAGGACAAACCAGACCAAGAUAGGCCAGAUCAGGACCAACCAGGUAAAGACAGACCAGGUAACGACAAACCAGAUAAAAACAAGCCAAGUCAAGAUAGACCAGGUCAAGACAGACCAGGCAACGACAAACCUGGUCAAGACAGGCCAGGCAAAGACCAACCAGACCAAGACAGGCCAGGUCAGGAACAACCAGGACAAGACAAACCAAAGAAAAACAAACCCGGUCAAGACAAACCCAGCAAGGACAAACCUGAUCAGGAUAGGCCAAACAAAGACAAACCGGAUCAAGACAGGCCAGGAAACGACAAACCAGACCAAGACAAGCCGGGUCAGGACCAACCAGGUCAAGACAGACCAGGCAACGACAAACCUGGUCAAGACAGGCCAGGCAAAGACCAACCAGACCAAGACAGGCCAGGUCAGAAACAACCAGGACAAGACAAACCAAGGAAAAACAAACCUGGUCAAGACAAACCAGGCAAGGACAAACCAGAUCAAGACAAGCCGGGCAAGGACAAACCAGAUCAAGACAAGCCGGGUAAGGACAAACCAGACCACGAUAGGCCAGGUCAAGACAGGCCAGACAAGGAAAUACCUGGUCAAGAUAAACCCAGCGAAGACAAACCAGAUCAGAAUAGGCCAAACAAAGACAAACCGGAUCAAGACAGGCCGGGCAACGACAAACCAGACCAAGACAAGCCGGGUCAGGAACAACCAGGACAAGACAAACCAAGGAAAAAGAAACCUGUCAAGGAUAAACCAGAUCAAGACAAGCCGGACAAGGACCAACCAGACCAAGGCAGGCCUGGCAAGGACAAACCAAAUCAGGACCAGCCAGGUCAAGACGAACCAGAUCAGGACAAACCACAAGAUCAAACAGACGUAGACAAACCAGGUCAAGACACGCCGGGACAAGAUCAACCAGUCCAAGAUAAGCCAGGAAAUGAUAAACCUGGACGGCAACCAGAUCAAUGCAGACCACAAAGACCAGGCCAGAAUUCUCGCAGAAAGGGUCGCUAUGAUUUAAACAAGGGCAAACCAGCUCUUCAAAGGGCCCUGGAGAGCCACAUUGAGUUUCAGACCCUGAUAGUUUACGACAGUAAAGGAGGAGAAGGAAAAUGCUACUGCUCUUGCGGCAGUAACGGCAGACCUAAAUUUAUUAGUGUUGAUCCUAGCAUCCUAUAGGUCCUUACUAUCUAU